UUUGAUCCAGCCCUUGACGAAGCAUUCAAAAGCUUCCCUAAUCUCCCCGCAACCAUCACACUAGAAAGUCUACAAGAACUCAGAACUCAACUCGAGCCCCUCUACACAGCCGAAAAAGUCUUCACAGACCCUGAAUUUGCUCAUGAAGAUAUCACGAUCUCCGGCCCUGAUGGAGAGAUUAUCCUAGCCGUAGUUAAAUGGAAGAAAUCCCAGUCCGACCGAAGACCUUGCCUCUAUUACAUGCACGGCGGCGGCAUGAUCCUAGGAAACAGAUUUACCUUCGGCGACGCACUCGAUUGGGUAAAAGAACUACGCGCAAUUCUCGUCUCUGUCGAGUACCGCAUGCCGCCCGAACAUCCACAUCCAGCACCAGUAGAGGAUUGCUACGCAGGUCUGAAAUGGAUCUCGGAACAUGCUUCGGAGCUUGGUAUCAAUGAAGUCAGAAUUAUGACUGUUGGUCCUUUUGGAGGAGGAUGCGUUGCUGCUGGACUUGCUCUUCUAGCACGGGAUAGAGGCGGUCCUCGAAUUCAUGCUCAAUGUCUGCCUUAUCCUAUGCUUGAUGAUCGUAUGGAGAAUGUAUCGUCAAAGCAGUAUUUCAACAUUGGUAAAUGGCAAGGAGGGAUCAACGAACCGGCCUGGAAUUUUCUCCUAGACGGUAAACGAGGUGCGGAAGAUGUCAGUAUAUAUGCAGCUCCAGCACGAGCGACGGAUUUGUCGAGGUUACCGCCAACAUGGCUUGAUGUUGGAGCUGCGGAGCUGUUCAGGGAUGAGGUUGUUGCUUAUGCCUCAAAAUUGUGGGAGGGUGGGGUGCAGGCUGAGCUGCACGUUUGGCCUGGGUGUUGGCAUGCUUUUGAUGCUUAUGCGCCGGAUUCUGCUCUGAGUCGAUUGUCCAGGGAGACUAGGAUGAAGUGGAUGAAGAGAGUUUUA